CAAACAAAUGUUUCACAGAUAACUCAUCCAAAGCACGUAGUACAGACUGAUAAUUAGGAGCUAAUACAAUUUUUCGAAAGUAUCUAGAAGAUUUCUGUAAUGGGUGCUAGGAUUUGUGAAUUGUUCCAAACUAUCCUGAACGAAAUCAAGAGUGCACCCUGACGCUGGAAAAGAAAACCAUGGGAGGAAGAGGAACGCCGCAGUCGGCCAGAUGCUGACGUGGAUCCCAAUAAUUUCCGUGGGCCCCACCCGCCACCCCGAGCCGCUCGCCCUGCGCGGUCUGACAAGCCGUUUCAGCGUUUUUAGAGGCCGCUAUAUAUCACACCCGUGCAAAAAGAAGAUAAUUCUUCUCCCCCUCCCACUCUCUCCGUCCCGAGCAAGUCGUCGUCGCCUCCUCCUCCCGAGCUCGCUGUUUGAUUCGAUUCGUGCCACUCGCCGAUCGCUUCUGCUAUGCCGUCGGCGCCAGCCGUCGUGCCGCCGGAGUUGCCGAAGCUUUCGCCGACGUCGCUGCAGGCCCGCCGGCCGCGCUCGCCGCUCGCCAACGGCUCGGCCGCCGGCGACUUCGAGCUGCGGCACUGGCGCACGCCCAAGAAGCGCGCGGCGGCGCCGUGGGCGCCUCCGGUGAUCGAUAUCCCCAACGGCGCCGGGAGCGACGACGACAGCAACAGCAGAGGCGGCGGCGGGCACGGGUACACCAGCCUCCGGGACAUCCUGUCGUCGCCGGAGUACGCCGCGACCGCGGGCGGCUCGCCCGCGGCCUGCGGCGUCAUCGGCGGCGGCUGCGGCAGCUGCGGGGACGUACACAUGAUCCGGCACCCGCUGGUGAAGCACGCGGCGUACGCGUACCUGCAGAUGACGCCGUCCGCGAGGGAGGACCCCGGCCGCCGCGGCCGGCGCUGGCGGGGCCCGCUCUGCCGCCUCCUGCGAGGCUGCCUCAGCUUCAUCGGGGCGCUCUUCCGGCCCUGACUCCACCGGCGACACCGCGCUUGCGGUUCUUGGUUGCAAUUUCUUCUGUCUUCCCUUGCUCUUCCGGUUCUUGUGUGAUUAGAAUUUUUCUUAGCAUUCUCUGUUUUUUUGGCGAGGAUUGUAUUAGAAUUUUCGUGCUUUCCAUUGAAUUGUAAUUUGUGUAAAUAAUUUGCUAGGAUUAGGCACAAAUGGAGAUGAGAUUAUAGCAGGAAGAGAAAUGAUUAAUCGCGCACUGACAGCAUAUCAUUAGUUAGCUUGAUUCUGCCA